AUCUCUCGGCUCAAAGUUGCAAAUCCCUUGAAGAGAUGUCUGUCGCAUCUAUGGGCAAGUCACAGAAUUUCUGAGGUCCAGCACUGAAGAGAUGUCUUUGUCGGCUGCUUCUGAACGUGUGCCUUCGGCGCCUUCUGCGCCUCCCGCGCCGUCCGCUGCUUCUCACUCGCUGAAAUCCCUGCACAUACAGCAGUUCUCUGAGAUUUCUGAGCAGCCGGCGCUGCACGAGUGGAUGCAGUUGAUCCACACCGCUUUGAAGCAGAUUCAGACGUCGACUGCCAACCAAUGCCUCAUGAUACAGGAUUUGCAGAGCUCAGUUGCUGCGCAAUCGGCUGCACUGCAUGCAGUGGGCCUGGGAAGCAUUUCAGAGACAUCAGAGACGCCUUCUCAGCUUGCAGUCCACGCGUCUGAGAUACCACCAAGUGCCCCAAGGGAGGAGGAGAAUGUGAAGAAGCAAAGAAAGUGCCAAUCUGAUCCCCUAGGAUCUCUCAGCAUGGCAAAACAGAGUCAACUCAGGGAGUCCAAGAGAGAAAACAGGUUGAAUUUUGAAUUGCCAAACAGCCUUGGCCUUCGUGACCUGGAAGACCUGAAUGCAAAUCAGCUCUUGAGCGGCUUCAGACCAAUCAGACCGGGGAAGCGUCACCCUUCCGCGCUCUUGGUCCCGUGCCCAUCGAGCCCAUUGCAAAGUCCUGAGGCUUUGGAGGCUUUUGGGGAGCAUCGGCCGAAGAGUCUCAACAGCAAAACCCGAGGAGAGGAGAAAGCUCUUGUAUUGAGCAAGGGCAGGAUGUCCAUGGACGAGCUACGUAUGCAUCAUGAUGAGGUUACGGUUGUGGCAAACAGGACUGGCCCUGGAUACAACAAAGGGAAUGAUGGGAAUCUGCAUUCCCUUCCUGUUUUAGGCCGCUUUCUUCUGUGUUUUUCGGGCCAAAUGCAGUUUGGCAAUGGAUUGGCCUCCCGUUUUUUUGCUUUCUUCAGCUAUGCUAUCCUUCCACUCGCUGUCUCCAUCGUGCUACUGUGCACAGCUGAUAUCGAUUCCAAGUGGAGCUUCACCAAGAGCGUGACGCUGUGCUGCUUUCAAACCGGUCUGUCGCUCGCCAGCCAUAAUUUGAAAAGCAAUGGUUUCGACCUCCUUCUUGGACCCAAAGACCACCAGCUGGAUGAGUAUGCAGUAAAUGCAGAGUUCAUGUCAGAGUGGCAAAGCAUGUCCAGACGCCGUUUGAUGCAGACACUGGGCGCCUAUGCUGUUCUCGCUGCGCUGGUGGCUAUCGUCAACUUCCUCUCGGAGGCCCCGGUCCCUUCCCUGACCUCACUAAUCGGCUGCCACUUUUCAAUUUUUGAAGCCGCCUUUUGGCUGAUGCAAUUUCGCUAUUUGAUGCUUUGCUACUCACUGUUGCAUGUUGGCUGUGGAUUUGAACUGGCCUUGGAUAGCUUCACUCUGAGCUUCUUCAAAAGCAUGAGCAUUGAAGACGCCUUGGAAGAGUGGAACAUUCUGCAGGCAACGCUCCGACAAGUCUCCACCAAGAUGAGUAACUGCUUUCGGGCCAUGGGAUUUUGCUGCCUGGCAAGUGUGGCCCUUUUGGCAGAGCAAGUGAUCUUCUACACAGAUGAAGUCUCUCUAUCAAACAAGCUUCAAUGGAGUAGCAGAUUUUAUCCGAUGGUCAUCUUCUUCCUCUAUACCAUGGUCCGGGCAGCGGCUGUGACUGAGAAGGCCAAUCGUGUAGCUCCCUUGGUGAACUCCUGGAAAUUUCAUGGAGAGGAGGAUGGGAUGCUAUCCCAUGGACGACAGUAUGCGGUGCAAUACAUCAUGCAAAGUAGGGCCGGAUUCUACCUGGGUGCGGCACAACUGACAUUUCCACAUGUACAGCAAAUUGUAUACUACUUUGCAGCAAUAUCAUUUGCGCUGUUUUCGCGCCUGCUUGCUGAUUAGAUCAAUUCUCAUUCAUACCGUCGGCGCACACAGAUCUUGAGCUGAUGAUGCACCUUUGAACAUUGCAUGAGCCUCUUUCUCAAAGUUGGGCAGGGCUCAUUUAAAUUGGGCUCAAUCAAGCUAAAAAUGUUUAAACAUGUUUAAAACAAUGUUACGAAUUACACUCAGUCUACUGUAGCACUGACAGUAGCACUCCCUGAUUCUCGUAGGACGUAAAACGCGGGAUUUUUCCGAUGGAGUCCGAAAAA